UGUCCCUCCCUCGGUUCCUCUGUGCCUCACCUCGUGGGGCCAUGGCCGGACCCCCUACCUGCCCGCUGCCGGAUGAUGACUAUCGAGCUUUAUCCUUGUCUGGUCAUGUUGGUUUUAGUACUUUACCAGAUCAACUGGUUAAAAAAUUCAUCAGUCGGGGCUUCUGCUUCAACAUCCUUUGUGUUGGGGAAACUGGAAGUGGGAAAUCAACCCUGAUAAACAGCUUAUUUAACACCAGUUUUGAUGACCCUGUGUCAACUCAUUUUCUGCCAAAAGUAGAACUUAGAGCCCAGACUUGUGAACUUCAGGAAAGUAAUAUUCUUUUGAAGCUGACCAUUGUAAAUACAGUGGGAUUUGGUGACCAAAUAAACAAAGAAGAUAGCUAUCAGCCAAUAGUGGAUUAUAUAGAUGCAGAAUUUGAAGCCUAUCUCCAGGAAGAACUGAAAAUUAAACGUUCUUUAUUUAACUACCAUGAUUCUCGCAUCCAUGUUUGCCUCUAUUUCAUUUCACCUACAGGCCAUUCCCUGAAACCCUUAGAUUUAUUAACCAUGAGAAGCCUAGACAGCAAGGUGAACAUUAUACCAAUUAUAGGCAAAGCAGACAGCAUUACUAAAAGCGAACUACAGAAUUUCAAGAACAAAAUCAUGUCUGAAUUAGUUAUUAAUCGCAUCCAGAUAUACCAGUUUCCAACUGAUGAUGAAGCCAUUUCUGAACUGAAUGCCAUCAUGAAUGGGCACAUGCCAUUUGCGGUAGUAGGAAGUGACGAAAAGGUGCAAAUUGGAAACAAAAUGGUGAGAGUUCGUCAGUACCCUUGGGGCACUGUACAAGUAGAAAAUGAGAGCCACUGUGACUUUGUAAAGCUUCGUGAGAUGCUUAUUUGCACAAAUAUGGAAGAUUUAAGAGAGCAGACUCGUGCACAGCAUUAUGAGCUGUACAGACGGUGCAGACUGGAAGAGAUGGGCUUCAGAGAUGUGGGUCCAGGGAACGAACCAGUCAGUCCACAGGAAGUCUAUGAAGUAGAGUGGUCUGAGUUCUACCUUGAACUGCAAAGAGAAGAGAAGGAGCUAAGACAACAGUAUGUGCAGAGAAAGAAGGAGAAAGUAGCAAUGUUUAAAGAAGAACAGCGACAGCAACUGGCUAAACAUGAACAUCAAAUGCAAAUUCUUGAAGAAAUGCGUCUGAAAUUAGAGAAAGAGAAAAAAGUUCUAGAAGACGAAAUAGCUGCAUUUCUUGAGAAGAAAGCUAACGCUGAGUUACUCCAGUCAGAAGCAUCUGUCUCUACCCUUGCUGUUAGUUUGAACGAAGGCAAGGACCGCAAAAAGAACCAAGGUUUUCGACUUGAAUUGCUGUGCUUUGAUAUCAGAGAUGAAGAAAUUGUGACUGUUCACGAACAGAGCAAGAGGGAGAGGGAGAAGUUAGAGUGGAGAGAAAUUCACCCAGGGGAUUCCAGAAAUGACAAAUUUGAUUGCAGCACUGAGGUUUUGACUGUAGGAUAUGUUAUUUUUAUGAAGCGGUCCAACUGCCGCUACCCCAUAAUAUUGUGUAUGUCUUCCUAGGACAGAGUUUUGAGGAAGAUUGAUGAAAUUGGUUGUAAAAUUACACUGAGUGCAGAAUAUGACCUGAUAAGCAUUUCACUUCCUUUAUUUCCCCACUCCCAAACAGAAACCUCAAGUAAAUUGUGAAAUAUCAGAAAUGUGUUCAAAAUAAGUUUCCCCAAUAACAUGCCCAAUUUUUUAAUAUAUAAACAUUGAAUGAAAUAUUCAUAUACUAAAUUGUUUUUCUACUCCAAACCCAGAAGCCACUUGACGAAUUUUCUUUCCGAUAAACUACAACUUUACUGCAGAUAACAUUUUGUUGAUUAAUAUCUUACUGCAGUUGAAAGCAGAUUUUUUUGGUACAGAAAUUAUCCAUAACUGCUACACUAUGAAAAACUUUAGAAGUUAGAUGGGUGCUCAUUUUUGGGUAUAUGCUAGCAGCCUGCUUGUGAUUUUGCCAAAAUUUAUUGCAUUUCAAGUAAUAUUACUGAGUUCCUUUUCCUAAACUCUUUUUCCUGGUUUUACAUAUGAAAGUGGAAUUGUUGGUAGCAGAAGUCAUUAUCUGCACUAUUAUGAGUAACUAUCAACUACAGAAAAUAUUUAGAUUUGUUUUUUUCUGUUUUAUUUUUUUCAGAGUAUGUUACAGUUUAUAUGCUUGCUUUUGUUUUUCAGUCCCAGCUUAACAUAAUACUGAUGAUAGAAGAAGCAAUAUUGAUAAUUUCCCUUGAGAAGCAGUGAUUCACAGGAUGCUUUUGAUGGUGUAGAAGUUGCAGUUUCUUACUAAAGGAUUUGGAAAGUAUCUUUUGUUGCUGCAUGCUGCAAAAGAAGAAUUUUGAAGUAUGAUCUGUACACAUACAAUACAGUGAUUACUGCAAUUGCCAUCAGGGACUUCCUGUUACAAGUCUGCCUUGAUAUGCUCUUGCCUUACAUACAUGUGGCCAACUUACUGUCAUUUUAAGUGCAUUGUACCAAAGAAAAUGUCCCUGCUGUAAACAGUUCCAUUCAUAAUAUGAAUGCUGUAGUAGAAAAUUAUUCAGUUAGUGCAUCCACUCUAACCUGUCCAAAGAGUUAUUUUCAUAUGGUAUGAUAUAUUAGUCAACUAAAUAUUACCUAGUGCAAAUGUUGAUAUAAUUCAACCAUUUACUGAUUUUGCUGACAUGGUUUGUUUGUAGGCUUCUAUGUACAAGCACUGUCCUAAAUUUCAGGUAUAAUCUUUCUAAUCAAAAUGUGUUCAGCUAUUUUCAGUCCUGUACUGCUGCUUGAUAUUUUAUCUGACACUACUAACUUAAUAUGGAAAGUACCUAUAACUUUUUGAUGCUUGUGACUGUGGUGUUCAGUUACAGCAGAGGCUAACUUUACAAAAACUAUACUACAAGAGCUUCAGGUUAAAACAAGUUUAAAAUGUUUUUUAUUUUCUCAGUAGCCAUGAUAACUCAUAGGGAAGUGUAAAGGUGCAGUUCUCUGAAGUUGUUUUGUGCAGCUCUUUAAGCAUUAAAUACUAACUUGAUAGAAAUAAAAUACAUGGCUUUUGCUUAA